CAAACCAGAGAGAGAUCGUAGAAGAAGCGAAAUGGUUCAGCUGUGUUUCGUUCUGGAUCUGCGAAGCUUGGCACCUCCGUUGCUAAGAGACAUAAAGCAGUCGCUGCUUCAACUCGCUAAUUUUUACGCCAUUUCGAGUUCGUCGUCGCACGCGCGCAAAUCGGCCACGCUCGGCGAUAAGAUCGGUUUGUGCUACGUCUUCAAGAAUCGUUUAUCUUCUUCCGACGAGUUGGUGAUUGCGUACAAUCCCAUAGGAAACUUCAACCUACGCGAUUUCCACCACGCUGUUAACAACUUGCCCUACGAUGCUUUUCUGCUUGAUAUUGAUAACGUUUCCGAUUUAAUGAUUUCAAAUGUUUUGAGUGAGCGAGUGUUGUAUUCGUGGCAAGGCAAAGAUAUAGAGAGAAAAGUGGUUUUCAUAACUUCGACCUUGCCUGAAGAUGUGAACUCUAUAGUGCAGAAGAGUCUUAUGGAUGCUGCAGAUAAAUGUGUAUCGGUUGAUUUUGCUGUGCUUCAGCAGAAGUCGAGCCAUCUGACUGAUACUCGUGAAAACAUCAACAGUUUUCGCCGUUGCAUUUCUCAUCUUGAUAAUUGCUCAGUUCAGACCUAUAUCCCAGAUUUCAGAGUAUUCCACAGCCUGGUUAAAAGAUGGCUGCAGGUUUUGAAAGAUGACAUGGAAGAGCCGCUGCUAGCUCGCCUCAUCUUCAAGGACGAUCUUUCUGAUUCUGUGAACCAUAUAUUCUGCAACCUGUUUGCGCCAGUCAAUCCAAUAACCAACACCUUCAGUCAAUGUCGGACAUGCAGAUGUCAUGGCAUUCCUUUGGGAGAUGCUGAAAAAAAUUUCAGCAGACUUUCUUGCUCAGUCACUGGCUGCAUUCUGGAAAAAUGUGAUGUUGUUGAAAAUUCUGUUCAAGUUGGGCAAAAAACUAUUCUUUUUCUUCCCUCAUUCUAUAAUUCCAUGAAGCUCCUGCAAAUCACUUCACCAAUCAACAUUACUGUUAUUGAGAGGAUAAAUUUGGCAUCUCUUGAUGAAGGUCUUAUAAUGGGUGCCUCAUAUGUUGUGAUACCAUCAUCUUAUCAUGUGAUUGAAACAACUUCAGACGACGCUGAUCAGUCUGACCUGAAUGUUCAACUUUUUCGAGGUCUUUCCAGCUUUCUACAUUCAAUGAACCAAGGUUUGAUAUGCUCUUCAAGUUGUGAUUUAGAAACAAUGGCAGAGGCUCCUUAUUAUUGCUAUUACAUUCUGCAGCCAUCAGAUACUGGACCAAUGCUUUUGAGGCGCCUUGCAGGGGCAGAAGAAGUCCUACGAGUUCCUGACAAUCAAUUAGUUAAUUCACCAUUCAACAAGGAAAUUGAGAACUCUGUUCAAGCCUGUUUGCUAAAGAUCGAUCUAACAGAUUAUGACCCAUUGCUGCACGAGAGAGGCUUUCAUCAAAAACUAAAUAUGCUUGUCAAAGAAAGCCUACAAUUUGGGUCAGUAUUUUCUAAAUUAGAAGGUGAUUUUUCGGAACUAAGCUCGAGACAACAACCUUCGUCGGAGGUGAUCGGUAAAGCAGAACCAGCCACUGGGGUCAUAGUGGACGAGGAAACUUUGGCAUUGGAUAUUACGGACCAAGACGACAAAACCAUAGCCUGCAUUACAGAAGAAUGGAAGCAAUUGGUUGUAAGCGAAGACCCCAAGUUGUACUCUCCACCUUGUAUGUCCAAAGCCAAGUCGGGUCAAUCGAGUGUAUCACCACGAGAUGGUAAUGGGCAGCUAGACAGGGAAACUUCAAGGAUUUUGGAGAGAUUGGAGGUUCCGAGGCCAUUGAAAGCAAAGAUCACCUCUCCCAUUUCAAAUGAAAGUUGCAUGAAAAAUACCAGUGUGCCCAUAAAGAAGCCUCUUAUACCAUUCCAGCCAAGUCAAGGGACAGAACAAGUCUUUGUAGGCAGCCAGCUAAUGAAACCUAAUUUCCAGAGGCAGAAAAGGAAACAUAGAUGAAAAGAAGACAACUCCAUGUUUCACGAAAACAUAUCUUCAAAAGUGGAUAAGGUUAGUACUUUUUCCUUCCCCUUCUCCGUUGUGCUGCAAGUGAUAUUUUUCCAUAUUUUUAUACAAAACAAGCGUCAGCUAAUCACGAAACAUGUUACCGUUACGUUCGUUUGUGUUUAAAAAGCUUAGUAGUAUAUUUUGGAUACUGAGUUUACUUUGGACACAAGUUUAGUAGUUUAUG